AUGCUUCAUCACUCCAGAGAACUCCUGCAUGCUAGCCACUCAAUUUUCCCAGUGGUGGCAGACCCUAAAGCCAACCCUGAUGAUGAACCAGUCUCAUUGAAAAAGCUACUUCAGGGCGAAGGAGUGUGGAUUUUUCGCAAGGAAAUCUUGGGAUGGAUCUUUGAUAGCAUUUCACGCACCAUUGAGCUCCCACCUGGAAAAAUUGAUAAGAUUCGGACAGCCAUCAACAAAGUCCUCCAUACAAAGCAUUGCCAAUUGACUGAUCUUCAAUCCCUUAUGGGCAAACUCCAGCAUUCUUGCUUGGAAAUCAUCACUGGAAAACUAGCCCCAUUGUACAAGCUUCUCCCAGCUACUCACUCCAAAACAUCACACCAACGUGGCCAUAUCUCCGUUCCCCAGGAGUCUGAGGCUUACAAUGCAUUGCAGGAUAUCCACACAAUGCUCAAGAUUGUCGCCAAUUGGCCAACCACCUCGCCACAGGACACCGCAAGAGUCAUUCUUGUGUGGAAGAGUCGGCUCAUCUCAUCAAUUUGUCUGGCCACUGCUGAUGCAGAGUACGAUGCUCUGACCCAGCUCCUGGAAGUGCCUCAUGAGAUGUGGGUUACCAUCACAUCAAAGGCUGCUGCAGACAACAGUGCAGCACUCAUUUUGGCACGUGACCAUGCCCUCACAUCCAGGACAAGGUACUACUACCACACACAAGCUCAUCACUUUUGGCAGCAUGUGGGUCAUGCAUUGAAUGUGUCUUCUGACCAGUUGUAG